AUGCAAGAGAAAUUUGAGCCUUUGAAGAACGAUCUUUUGCUCAGAGCCGCCAGAGGCGAGCGAGUUCCGCGUCCGCCAAUAUGGGUUAUGCGACAAGCUGGCCGCUACCUCCCCGAAUACCAUGAAGCGAAAGGAAACCGCGAUUUUUUCGAAUGCUGCCGGAACCCGGAGAUUGCAUCCACCCUGACCAUCCAGCCCGUGGAUCGGUAUGACGGAUUGAUCGAUGCUGCGAUCAUCUUCUCGGAUAUCCUUGUCAUCCCCCAGGCGAUGGGCAUGCAGGUUGAAAUGGUGGACAAGAAGGGGCCACACUUCCCUGAACCUCUGAAGUCGCCGGACGACGGACAAUACGAGAAGGUUAUGCAGAAAGAGGUCAACGUGAAGGAGGAGCUAGACUACGUGUACAAGGCCAUCACGCUUACCCGGCACAAAUUGAAAGGCCGCGUGCCUCUGAUUGGCUUCUGCGGUGCCCCAUGGACUCUACUCUGCUACAUGGUUGAAGGAGGCGGGACCAAGCUGUUUGUGCACUCCAAGACGUGGAUCUACAAGUAUGCGAAGGAGUCGCAGGCACUGCUGCAGAAGAUCGCCGAGAUCUGCGUUGAAUAUCUGGCUCUCCAGGUCGCCUCCGGGGCGCAGCUCGUCCAGGUGUUUGACUCGUGGGCCGGAGAAAUGUCCCCUGCGGCUUUCAAAACCUUCUCGCUCCCGUAUCUGCGGUACAUUUCUGCCAACCUGCCCAAGAAGCUGGACGAAAUGGGCCUGGAACGUGUGCCAAUGACCGUCUUUGCCAAGGGGGCUUGGUACGCUCUCGAGGAUCUCUGCGAAUCGGGCUAUAAUGUUGUCGGUCUUGACUGGUUGCACGAUCCUGCUGAGGCGAUGCAGAUUGCCAAGGGCCGCGUAACGAUCCAGGGCAAUGCCGACCCCGGCGUACUUUACGGUAGUCGCGAAGCUAUCACCGAAGCCGUGGAGGUUAUGGUCAAGGGCUUCCAAGGUGGCAAGCAAGGAUGGAUUGCCAACUUGGGUCACGGUAUCACUCCAUUUGUGCAACCGGACGAUCUCAAAUUCUUCUUCGAAGAGAUUCACCGCUUGACGGCCGCAUAG